UUGAAAAAGAAAAAGUGUGGAAAUGGGCUUGGAAGAAUCCUUUGAUCAACUAUGUCGUCAAGUCUUUCCCGAUGGACUUAAAGCUGGCCUCAUUACAGACAAAGACGGUGUUGUCAUUUUAAAAAGCACAUCUCCAGACGCCCCAAUCAACGUAGCCGAAUCAACAAUACCCAGCACAUUUGCCAUUGCUAAUAACCAGGCUUCUAAACUCGGACUGAAGGACAACAGAUUUAUCGUCAGCAUGUUUGAUCUGUAUCAGGUUGUGCAACUGGAUAGUAACCCACUCAAUGUUACUCUGGUUGGCGAUGCGGCUGCCAACACAGGCCUGUUCAUCAAUCUCGGACAUCAAAUUGUGGAUAUAGCACAGCCUUUAGUCAAGGCUUUGCAGGAAAGACAGCAAUAAUAAUAAAAAAGAUGGGAAGAAUGAUGUGCGGAGAAGAGCAACGAUGAAACACUUUAUUAAUAACAGAGCACGGGGCCAGCCGAAAAAUGAAGAUGUUGAUCAAUAAUGCACAAUCACAUAUGGCAUGUUGCGUAUGUCGAAAUUGAGGGAGGUAUCUGGUGGACAUGUGUGGAAUGCUUGGGGGUGGAUGGGUGGAGAGAGAGAGAGAGAGGCCCAAGU